AUGAAGUUCCUAUGUCUCCCAGGAGGCUAUUGCAGUGCCACGGCUCUCAAAACCCAGCUAGGCCCGUUUUGUGAUGCCCUCGCGUCCAAUGGAAAUGCCAGCUUUCUCUACACACAGGGAACCACCGAGGUGCAUGUUCCCCCAGAAUUUGCUGGUUUCUUCGGUCCACCACCCAACUAUACCUUUAUCAAGGUCGAUGGACCAGCCCUGGGGCAUACAAACAUGAGUGACUUCCCGAAAAGAAACACACCAGAAGAGGCAAUGAAAGCCGCCACACAAGCAGCCGGUGAUCCCACAUUCUCAUGCAUCACCGAGGUCAUGGACCGUCUAGUUGGCAUUCUUGACAGCGAAGGCGAUAUUGAUGGUGUGAUUGGCUUCUCUGAGGGCGCCCAAAUUGCCGCAUCGCUUAUUCUUGAGGAGCAAAGAAGAGAAAGAGAACUUGGCCGGAUACCUCGACUUAAAUGCGCGAUACUUUUCAGCGGAUGGCCACCCGUGCACCCGGUGUCUGGCAAGGUUGUUACAGCUGACGACUAUAAUGAAGAACCCAUUACUAUUCCCACCUGCCAUGUUGUCGGUGCAUCGGAUCCGUUCCUUGAUGGGUCGAUGGCAUUAUACAACAUGUGCGAUCCAGACACCGCUGAUCUGUUCGAUCAUGGAGCGGGACAUUUAAUUCCAAGAAAGAAGCAAACUGCGGAGGAGAUUGCUUUAGUUCGCCACCUAGAAGACCACUCCCCUUCCUCGUCAGACUGCUCAUACUCUGCCUCCUUCCAACGCCAUCGGGUCCUGCGCACAAGCCACACCAAUCCAACCCCUACCGCGCCCAACGCCACCGUCACAAGCGCAGUACCCAUUACCGACAGAACAGUCAAGGUACUAGCAUUGCAUCCAAACGGCGUAGCUCUUAACUCCCACUUCUCCUUGGAGCCAAGGGGGCAGAUAUUUGCUGAGCCGAAAGGCGCAAAUAUUGGAACCCGCGAUGUAUUAGGAACACAGGUCGAAGACUAG